AUGUUGGACAACAUCCCUGACCGUCAGCUGAUACUCCAAGCAGUGGUACUGGGAUUUGCCACUUAUUGGGCAGCUUGGAUCUGUUAUUCUAGAUGGUUUCAUCCCCUGUCGCGAUACCCAGGACCCUUCUGGGCGUCAGUCUCUCGGGUGUGGACUGUGAUGCAUGUCUUGAGGGGUGAUGCCGAAAAGGCUCAAAAAUCGCUUCAUGCUAGAUAUGGUCGUGUGGUUCGCAUCGCACCAAAUGAACUUGCGAUCAAUGACCCUCAAUAUAUCAAGAAAAUUUACGGGAUCAACUCACGUUUUACCAAAGUCAGCCCAAUCAUUCGGAGCUCGAGAUAUCCGGAUCACUUCACCUCCACGGACGAGAAAGUCCACGCGGAAAGGAGACGUAUCGUGAGCCAUGUGUAUACUAUGACGAGCAUUCUCCAGUCUGAGAACUAUCUCGACGAGUGCACCGCCGUGUUCCUGGAGCAGAUGGGAAAGAUUGCGGAUAGAAAAGGCACAUUCGACCUGCACGAAUGGGCCAGGAUGUACGCAUACGAUGUGAUUGGAGAACUGUACUUUAGCAAAAUGUUUGGCUUUUUGAAGUCUGGUUGUGAUCACCUGGGCUUCAUGGCCUCGACUGACACACUGAUCCCGGUCAUGACAUUGUCAGCCGUGAUGCCCACCUACAUUCGGUCCGUAUUCAUGUUCGCUGGGAUCCUCUUUCCUCGUGUCCGGAAUGCGCUCACAGCUCUCGGAAAUCUGAGCAAAGCGGCCGAGACCGCCGUUCAGGAGCGUCUGGCGCAACGGGACGAGAGCAAGGAUGGACCCGAGAGAGCCGAUGUGUUGAACAAGGUGCUCGAUAUAUACCACGGUAAAAAGGCUGAUUUUGAUCUUGACGACGUGCGGUUAGAGGCCUUUGGCGCAUUCUUCGCUGGAAGCGAUACCACGGCCAUCUUCAUCUCCGGGACUUUGUACCAUAUCAUAAAAAGCCGCGAUGUGUACGAUACUCUCACCAGGGAGAUCGAUCAAGGCACUAGGAAUGGUCUCCUCAGCACCCCUUUCAUCACCUACAACGAAGCCGUCAAACUUCCUUAUCUGAGCGCAUGCAUCAAGGAAGGCAUGCGCGUCCACCCUAGUACAGCGUUGACGUUCCCACGAAACGCCCCCAAAGGUGGUUGUGAUAUCGAGGGACAUUGGAUCCCCGAAACAGCCCGAGUAGGUGUAAAUGCAGCGGUUGUCCAGUUUGACAAGUCGAUCUUUGGCGAUGAUGCAGAUACUUUCAACCCUUCGCGGUGGCUUGGACCAGACGCCGACAACAUGAGUCGCUAUAUUCUCCAGUUCGGAGCCGGUUCACGAACGUGUAUGGGCAAGCAUAUCUCGAUGGCCGAGAUAUACAAGAUCAUCCCUGCGCUUCUGCGCUCUUAUCAUUUUGAGCUGGAUGGGAAUGGCGACCUGAAAACAUCAUCAUAUUGGUUCUAUAAGCCGGCCAAUAUCACCACCCGGGUUCAGCGUCGUCAGGUGUAA